GGGCGGGCGCGGGCGGGUCCCAGGCCGCGUCCCACGGCUCGCGGGCAGGGUGUGGGCGCGGCGCCAGCGGGGCCGGCACGCGGGAGGCGUCCCUGGAGACGGGACCGAGCGGGGGCGGGGCCCGCGGCCGCCCGAGAGGUUCCGGGUGCUCCCGCCGCGCGCAGCCCCGGGCGCACUUGACCGGGGUCGGGCUGCGGGGAAGGGCGGGUCUGGGGAGAACCCCCGAGCGCCGCGGCGUCCGGCAGCCCCUCCUCCUCGCGGCCGCCGAGCCGCAGCCCGAGCCCGAGCCCGAGCCGGCGCCACCUCGCCCCCGGGCUCGCGCGCCCCCGGCCAUGGCUUUCGCCAAUUUCCGCCGCAUCCUGCGCCUGUCCACCUUCGAGAAGAGAAAGUCCCGCGAAUAUGAGCACGUCCGGCGGGACCUGGAUCCCAACGAGGUGUGGGAGAUCGUGGGCGAGCUGGGCGACGGUGCCUUCGGCAAGGUCUACAAGGCCAAGAACAAGGAGACGGGUGCCCUGGCCGCCGCCAAAGUCAUUGAGACCAAGAGCGAGGAGGAGCUGGAGGACUACAUUGUGGAGAUUGAGAUCCUGGCCACCUGCGACCACCCCUACAUCGUGAAGCUCCUGGGGGCCUACUACUACGACGGCAUGCUGUGGAUCAUGAUCGAGUUCUGUGCGGGGGGAGCUGUGGAUGCCAUCAUGCUGGAGCUGGACCGAGGCCUCACCGAGCCCCAGAUUCAGGUCGUUUGCCGCCAGAUGCUAGAAGCCCUCCACUUCCUGCACGGCAAGAAGAUCAUCCACCGGGACCUGAAGGCCGGCAACGUGCUGAUGACCCUGGAGGGCGACAUCCGGCUGGCUGACUUUGGUGUGUCUGCCAAGAAUCUGAAAACUCUGCAGAAACGAGAUUCCUUCAUCGGAACGCCUUACUGGAUGGCCCCCGAGGUGGUGAUGUGCGAGACCAUGAAGGACACCCCGUACGACUGCAAAGCCGACAUCUGGUCCCUGGGCAUCACUCUCAUCGAGAUGGCCCAGAUCGAGCCCCCGCACCAUGAGCUCAACCCCAUGCGGGUCCUGCUCAAGAUCGCCAAGUCGGACCCCCCCACGCUGCUCACCCCUUCCAAGUGGUCCGCGGAGUUCCGAGACUUCCUGAAGACGGCGCUGGACAAGAACCCGGAGACGCGGCCCAGCGCGGCGCAGCUCCUGGAGCAUCCCUUCGUCAGCGGCGUCACCAGUAACAAGGCUCUGCGGGAGCUGGUGGCCGAGGCCAAGGCCGAGGUGAUGGAGGAGAUUGAAGACGGCCGGGAGGAGGGGGAGGAGGAGGACUCCGUGGACGCCACCUCGCCCCUAGGGGACCACACUCGCACCUCUUCUGAGGUGAGUCAGGUGAGCCUUGAUGCCAACAAGCCUCUCCAGGAGCCACCUGUCACUCCAGUGCCACCCGGCCAGCCUCAGGACCGGGAGAACGGGCCCAGCCUGCCCUCUGGGGACAGUUCCCUCCAGACCACGAAGCCCCCGGAUGUGGCCGCUGGGAAUGAGAAUGGCCUCGCCGUGCCCGUGCCUCUCCGCAAGUCCCGGCCAGUGUCGAUGGGCGCCAGAAUUCAGGUGCCCGAGGAGAAGCAGGGGGCUGACCAGGCUGGGGACCUCAGUCCCACAGCCAACCGGCCCCGGAAGACAAGCCAGAGCCGCCCCAUCAGCAGCGCCCUGGAGACCUUGGGCAGCGAGAAGCUGGCCAACGGCAGCCUGGAGCUCCCCACCCCGGCCUCUCCUUCCAAGAGGGACUCGGACUGUGGCAGCCUGUCCACCUCCGAGAGCAUGGACUACAGCACCUCCCUGUCAGCUGACCUGUCCCUGAACAGAGAGACGGGCUCUCUGUCCAUCAAGGACUCCAGGCUGCACAAUAAAACCCUCAAGAGGACGCGCAAGUUUGUGGUGGACGGUGUGGAGGUGAGCAUCACCACCUCCAAGAUCAUCAGCGAAGAUGAGAAGAAGGACGAGGAGAUGAGAUUCCUCAGGCGCCAGGAACUCCGAGAGCUUCGGCUGCUCCAGAAAGAGGAGCAUCGGAACCAGAACCAGCUGAGCAGAAAGCACGAGCUGCAGCUGGAGCAGAUGCAUAAACGUUUUGAACAAGAAAUCAACGCCAAGAAGAAGUUCUUUGACACGGAGCUGGAGAACCUGGAGCGUCAGCAGAAGCAGCAAGUAGAGAAGAUGGAGCAGGACCACGCUGUGCGCCGCCGGGACGAGGCCAAGCGGAUCCGCCUGGAGCAGGAGCGGGACUACACCAGGUUCCAGGAGCAGCUCAAGCUGAUGAAGAAGGAGGUCAAGAAUGAGGUGGAGAAGCUCCCCAGGCAGCAGCGGAAGGAGAGCAUGAAGCAGAAGAUGGAGGAGCAUGCGCAGAAAAAGCAGCAUCUUGACCGGGACUUCCUAGCCAAGCAGAAGGAGGACCUGGAGCAGGCGAUGAAGAAGAUCACGGCCGACAACAGGCGGGAGAUCUGUGACAAGGAGCGCGAGUGCCUGACUCGGAAGCAGGAGCUCCUUCGAGACCGGGAGGCGGCCCUGUGGGACAUGGAGGAGCAUCACCUGCAGGAGAGGCACCAGUUGGUCAAGCAGCAGCUCAAGGACCAGUACUUCCUCCAGCGGCACGAGCUGGUGCGCAAGCACGAGAAGGAGCGGGAGCAGAUGCAGCGCUACAACCAGCGCAUGGUGGAGCAGCUGAAGGCGCGGCAGCAGCAGGAGAAGGCGCGGCUGCCCAAGAUCCAGAGGAGCGAGGGCAAGACGCGCAUGGCCAUGUACAAGAAGAGCCUGCACAUCAGCGGGGCGGGCAGCGCUGCCGAGCAGCGCGAGAAGAUCAAGCAGUUUUCCCAGCAAGAGGAGAAGAGGCAGAAGGCAGAGCGGCUGCAGCAGCAGCAGAAACAUGAGAACCAGAUGCGGGACAUGGCGGCCCAGUGCGAGAGUAACAUGAGUGAGCUGCAGCAGCUGCAGAAUGAGAAGUGUCACCUCCUGGUAGAACAUGAAACCCAGAAGCUGAAGGCCCUGGACGAGAGCCAUAACCAGAACCUGAAGGAAUGGCGGGACAGGCUUCGGCCACGCAAAAAGGCUCUGGAAGAAGAUCUGAACCAGAAGAAGCGGGAGCAGGAGAUGUUCUUCAAACUGAACGAGGAGACGGAGUGCCCGAACCCCACCACCCCAAACAAGGCCACCAAGUUCUUCCCCUAUAGCUCUGCUGAUGCUUCCUAACAGCCAUGCGGGCUGUGGCUGGCAGGCUGGCGGGCCUCUGGCACCCCCCCUCUCUGUGAGCAAGUAACUCAGGGCCCCUCCCUCUUGCUUCCACACCAGCUCGAAUCCAGCCCCUUGCCCGAGUGACCCGUGUUCCUGACUUCGCGCUCACUCAUGGAGGAUCGCCUAAUUUUAAUAUAUGUUCUCUUUGAACCCCAGGCCCCUUCAAGCAGUCAGUGAUUCGGGUUGUGGGUGUGGUCAGGGUCCUAGAGGAACGAGUGUGCCGUAGCCUCGAGGCCCCUCCUGUUUGCCAAAACACCAGUUUUCGCUGUCUGUGGGUGCAAAGUGCUGCCGCUGACGUCACCAUGGGCUCGUCCAAAUGCUGUAAUUCUUGGUGGCUUUUCAGCCAUUGCCUGCAGCGUCAGACAAGAAUCAUGGCUCCUCACAGCCAGCUGCUCAGGGGGUGCCCUCAUUUCUCCACUUUCCCCGAUCUGCUUUCCUCUUGAGGCCAUGUCUGCAAUGGGAAAGCCAGAACUGUUCAUUCUCCUGGCCCCAGGUCUUUUCAUGCCAUCUUGUGCCUCCCACUUCCUGCACACACACUCACAUACACACACAGGGCUUGGGCCCCUGGGCCUCUCGUACCAGGUGGGUUGGAACACAUUUGCUGCCUGAGCCGCUGAGUAUGUUAGGUGGAGCCGCUGGUAUGGGGCAUGUUGGCACGAGAGGCACAAGAUGGUACGGGGUGAACUGUCUGGUUCCUUUUGGCCCCCAUGUGGUAGUGUGUGUUCAGGGACAAAUGGGUGUGUUCACCACCCAGCACUUCCACAACCCAGUCUGUUUCCAUCUCACAUUUGCCCGGGUGAAAUGGGAAGCUGUCUGCCUCUGCCCUGUGCUCCUCCUAUUCCAGGAGCCUGGCCUUAUACUUCAGAGGUCUGGCAGUCCUCAGGAAGCAAAAGCAUCAGGGAGAAACUAAUGCUUUUUGCCCCCCGGAACAUGGCAGAAGCAAAGCUUCUGUAGCUCAGACAGAAUCCUGGCCUCCCAGAUUCUGAUCCCCAAGGCUGCAGUGUCGAUAACCCAAUGAAGGCAAAUGCUCAAACUGGCAUUGGGCUUAUUUACAAAAAAAACUUUUAACCUUGGUUUCUAACUUGAAACAAAUGUAAAUGAAUGGCUUCUUCAGGAAGAUACCUGCUUUAAAGAAACAAGACAGAAAACUGAAGGUGAUUUUGAGAAAUCAUAUGGGCACAUUGAGUCUGGGUGCUAAUCUGCUAGUGACAGAGUGAAUGCCGCCCCCAGGAGGACUUUCUCCUUCUUCAUUCCUUAUGGUUAGGUUCGAAGCUUUGUCUUUCUAAAGCAAAGUCUUAGCACUGGCUGUAAUCCUCUCCUGGAUCUUGCAAAGGGAGAGUUGCCAUUCAAAAGAAGGGACUUGGGGUGCCCAAGUCUCACAGAUGCAGUAAAGAUGCUCUGGAGGCCGUGGGAAGGCGAUGGUCCUCUUAGGUUAGUGAGCAUCCAGCUCGCCUGCUUCGGGACUUGACCCACAUGGGACACUGGUCAGGUAUCAACAAAUGAAACAAUUGUCCCUUUUGACUCUUAGGUGCACAGGUGCUGGAAAAUGUGAACCAGCAGCAGUGUAACUACAGAGCGGAGGCCCAGUUCUGCCCGGGCAGGCCAGUACUGGCGAAUGGCCAGGUGGGGCUGAUGUGGGUUUUGUUUACAGCACAUUGCCUUUUGCAGCCUGGGGUGUGAGAAUGAGUAUUAGGUUUUAUGACUCAGGCAAGUCUUUGGUCCUUCCCUUACGUGACUUGCCAUUCACGUUGGAAUCGUGUUCGAGUUGCUGUUUCCCUGCUCAGUGCCACCGGAGCCCUAACAGGUUCCCUGUUCUUUCUGGACGGGGUCUGGUUGGCCUUCCAGCCUCACAGCUGAGCCAGUGUGCACUGCCCAUCGCAGAGAAGGCCCACGCAGUGUUCCCAGGCCCUGUGCUAACGUUUCCUCUGUGAGGGACAGAAGAAACUGUCCCUCCUUUUCAGUCCAUUUAUGGCAGAGUAUAUAUAACUAACUUAUAUGUUCCCUUUUUGAAGGAUAGAAGUUAUUUUUAUGUAGUUUCCAAACUUUAUACAAAGCUUUUGUAAAAUGUUCUUUGCAAAGUUAACUGCAAGAAUGUAAAUAUGCUUCUAAUAAAAUAACAAAGGGAGAAA